AUGGAAUCGGAAAUGAAUGACAAAGUGUCCAACGCAAGCCUUGUAGGAGAGUACCACUCGGAUUCCCCUAUAAUGUGCUCUGGAUUUGGGCAGUUUAACUACUUAGCAUUUAACGCCAAGGAGAAGAAAUGUCGAGUACAUACCUGUUACCCAGCAGGUUGUGGUUACGAAUGGUUAGAAUACAACGGUCACUGUUACUUUUUUGGUGCAACAGAACUCACGUGGACAGAAGCCCGGAUGGCAUGUGGGGACAGAUCCUCCCAAUUAGUAGAGCUUGAGGAUAUUGAAGAAUCCACAUGGCUUGCUUCCACAUUUCUUUACAAAGAUACAUGUCCCACGUUCAUUUAUUAUGGCUGCUCAGCUUGGACAGGAGGGAAUGAUAUCUGGGCGGAGGGCGACUAUAGGUGGCACCACUCAAAUUUGAGCAUGGAGUUUAAAAACUGGAAUCCAGAUCAACCAAGUGUGCAUCAUGAUAAUGAAGAGGAAGACUGUAUCGCGAUCCUUAGAAAUGGUAAAUGGAAUGAUCAAGGCUGCAAUGAAAGGAAUUCGUUCAUAUGUGAAAAGAAGAAAUGCUAAAAUAUAAAUACCAUUGAUGCAA